AUGCUGAAUUCUGAAGGAACCUGUUGGGAGGUUCAGCUCAGGAGAGCAAGAGAAGGUCAGGAAGUCCUGGAAUCUGUCAGAGGACUUGUCCAACUGGAGAGGCACUUCUCAGCAUCAACAACUCUGGUAAUGUUCAACUACCUAGCAGUAGAAGCAAGGCCCCAGUUCCACCGUACCUACGGGGGCCAGCAAGGAGCAUCUGGUCCACUGAAGACCCGUCUAGAGCAGCUGAAGAAGCCAUGGUGGAGAGAGCCCAUCACUCCGCUGGUGCUCCAGCAUAGUGAAACAGCUAGACUCGCCAUAGAUGCCUUUCUUGAGCAGGGGGAACAUGGAUACCUGAAUGCCGUUGCCGAGGAACGGGAGCUGCCUUUUCUUUCCACCUUGGACAUGGAAUAUAUAAACCAUCAGAGAAGCCAUACCUUUCCAGAACCCAAUGCCUCAAAAAACAGAGAUGCCAACUGUGCUGACAUGGACACUGGAGAUGAGUCCUCCCUCUACUCUGAGCUAACAUCUGGCACCUACUUUCCACUUAUGUCUGAUGUGCACCCCCCAGAGCUGGAGCUGGGGUGGCCAGGGAUGCCAUACUUCACAACAUCAGGGCAGACUAGAGCCACUGUGGUUUUCCAAAGAAACAAGGCUAACAGCAUUAAGGAUCUGCUUCGGUCCCUGAUCAGCCGGGCACGAACGGUGAUAGCAAUUGUGAUGGAUCUGUUUACAGACAUGGAAAUACUGUGUGACCUGCUGGAGGCUUCAAGCAGACGGCAUGUACCUGUGUACCUGAUCCUGGAUGAAGAAUACUUGAAGCAUUUUAUGGAAAUGUGCAAUAAAAUGGCUCUGACUCAAGAUAACUUCCCAAACAUGCGCAUAAGGUGUCUGAGUGGAGACACGUACUACAGCAAAGCGGGCAAGAAGUUUGCAGGCCGGGUUCUGGAGAAGUUUACUUUGAUUGAUUGUGACCAAGUUCUUGCUGGUACAUACAGUUUCACAUGGCUUUGCAGCCAAGUCCACACCAGCCUGGCAACCCACUUCCGUGGUCAAAUUGUUGCAGACUUUGACAAGGAAUUCCGGUACUUGUAUGCCGAAUCCAAAGCUGUGACCAACUUCUGCAUGCCAGAUCCUGGGGCACGGCCGUCUUCUCAGAAUACCUCGAGGGAUGGUGAAUUCCUUCUAAAAGCUGCCCAGGCAAAUGACACUGAAACCUCCAGCCCCUCAAGCAGCCUCUCAAAUGUAAGCAUCAGAAGCAUAAAAAUGUCUCCCUUUCUGAAAAACUCCACCUCCAAUGUACAGCACGAAAGGCAAGAUUUAAGCUCUGAUCAUGCUAGUAAAAAGGGCAAGGGAGACACAUCUCCGAAGCCUCCUUGCUCUAAGCAACAAGGGGAACUACCAGACUCUCCUUACAGUCUUCCAAAUAAAUCAGCCCCAGCCGGGCAGCACAAACCGACUCUCUACUCUCUGCCAAGACAGGAGCAGAAUUCACAGUCCCCUUCGGAGGGUGCCAAUAGUCACAGCACGAGUGAGAACCAGAAGGAGCCCACCCUUACCUCCAGGGACCUGACAGCAGAGAAUGACAACAAUGUUUAUGGGAUGGAGAAAAGACAGAGUCCUGGACAAGGAAAAUUGGACCUGCUAUCUCCAUACAACCAGCUAAAACGAGACAAGAAAGGUGUGAUUCCUUGCUAUGAUAAACUCAGCGAGGAAAUGCUGAUGGAAAAGAACAGUGUGUAUGGGGCUGAGAAAAGAAUGACUCUUGGGCAUAGUAAGCUAGAUCUGAUCACCAAAUACAACAAGUUAAAAUCUAAACACAUACACAGUCGCUUUGAACUCUGACCUGGUUCUCAGGGCCUUGAGUUUGCCUUUCAUCUUGCUUACUAAUGGUUGUUUUUCCCUACCAAUCAUAUCUGGUGCUUGAAGUCAAAAUGCAGGUGGCAAAUUAGUCUUGUUUCUAUCAAA